UUUAGUCGCCAUCCAAACAGAACAACGAAUCUUUCUCAUUUGUUUAAGUAUAUUCGAACAAAUUAGAGAUAUAAUGGGUUUAUACAGUAACUCUUCUUUGAAAUCAUAUUUAUAACGAUAAAAAAAUUAUCUUGCCUUAUUAUAAAUGUGAGAUUUUUUUGCAACAUCCAAGAAAUUCGUAACAAUGUUAAUGUUGAUUUACAUUUGUAUUCUUGUCACUACAUCAGGUGUAACUUCUGUUGACACCCAAAAUACUAAGCCGGGAUGUUCAGAGGUUGGUGAUUGCCUCAUUAGCAAAGAUAGCUGUAAUAAUGUCUGUGGAUGUGACAGUGCAUCAGCUGUACUCUUUUACAACGAAACUCUAGGCGAAUGUGUUGUAAACGUAAAAAAGCUUUUAAACUCUCUCACUGAACGAUACAAUACUCAGGAAAAGAUACACACAGAAGUGAAUAAAGUGUUUCAGGGCGUGAUGAUAUCUGUUAUAUUAUUCGUAAUUUGCGCUAGUGUGUGUGCAUUCACAGCCUGUGUAUACUGCUGCAGAAUAAAUUAUACGGAUAGACGUCUACAAAACGAUGUUGAAGCUCUAGCGAGUAAGCUGAAGAGAGAGUGUCGUUUGAGAACUAUAAAGAAAACUCCUACUAAGCCAGCCGAGGAAAGUUGCAAUAUUGUUGUAGCUGAUGCCGAUAUAUAUGUUGUUUGACAUUUCAUAAUUAUAACACAUCAUUAUCCUCUCGUCUUAAUAAAAGCGUUUUCGUUAAAUACAAAA